AUUAACACUGCCAUACAUGUUCAUGUCAAGUCUCCGAUCAGAUCAAGGGUGCACUGCAACCUUUUUGCCGAGAGUUCUUUGCCUAGCUGCCCAACCUUGCAAAGUUGUUGCGGUCGCCUACCGAGCCGAAGACAUGCCUCCAGCUCUUGCGGUGGCCUCGUUGGUCUUCUUGAGCGCCUGCUCCACUGCGCUGGAUUUGGCCCUGGAGGGAGCGUGGAAAGGGUGGAAGGAAGAGCAUGCCAAGGCAUACCUGGAGGAUGACGAGGCUUUCCGUCGGGAGGUCUGGGAGAAGAACCUGCAGAGAAUUGAGCAGCACAAUCUGGAAGCAUCGCAGGGGAAACACAGCUACCGGCUGGGGAUGAACCACCUGGGGGAUUUGACGGAUGAAGAGUUUAAUCAGAUGCUGAACGGCUUCCGGCCCGAUCCGGCCCAGCGGCGCGGGAAAGCAUCCCACGUACUCCGAGAAUCGCCCACUCUCAAUGUCCCUGUGGAAGUGGACUGGCGUAAGAAGGGAUACGUUACCCCCGUGAAAAACCAGGGCCGCUGUGGGGCCUGUUGGGCGUUUAGCGCUACGGGUGCCCUGGAGGGUUUGCUGUUCAACAAGACCGGGAAGCUGGUCCCGCUGAGUGAACAGAACCUGAUAGACUGCUCCUGGAAGGUGGGGAACCGCGGCUGCCACGGAGGGUACAUCACCCAGGCUUUUGAGUACGUGCGGGAGAACGGCGGCAUCAACUCUGAGCACGACUACCCCUACGUGGAGAAGGAGGAAUCCGGCUGCCGAUACGACCCUCGGAUCCGGGCCGGCAACUGUUCUUCCCUGGUGCGGGUCCAGGCGGGGAGCGAGGCAGCCCUGGCGCAAGCUGUGGCCACCGUGGGGCCGGUGUCGGUGGCUGUGGACGCCAGGAGUUUUUUCUUCCACUUCUACAAGUCAGGGAUUUUUGCCAGCAGCUGGUGUGGCCAGCUGGUGAACCACGCAGUGCUGUCGGUCGGCUACGGCGCCGUCCAGGAAGGUGGGACGCUGACGGAGUACUGGAUCCUGAAGAACAGCUGGUCGGAGAAGUGGGGCGAAGGGGGCUACAUGCGGCUGGUGAAAGGCCUCGACAACCACUGCGGGGUGGCCAGCCAGGCCAGCUACCCCGUCGUGUAACUUGCCCCAAGAUCGACCGAGACCAAGGACCAGUCCCUCUUUCUGGAACCGUCUCUGCUUUGGGUCCGGUCCUGGCUUGAACCCGGCACCUGGCUUUGUUGAAACACACACACCCCGCAAAAAAUGGACUAAGGGCAUCUGUGGCUUUAAAACUCCACCGCGGCUGAGCUUCAUUCUCCAAGGAAGGGGAUUUUGAUCCCCAAAGGAUCCAGCUGAAAUAAACCCACUAGCUUGUAAGAGGCGCCUCUUCCUCCUAGUCAAUGGCUCCCAGCGGAUCUCCAAAGAGGUGUGCACAUCAUUUUAAUCAAUGAAUAAAGAUUCAGAAAUCACAUUUA